AUGAGUCCCACGAAUCCCGUGGAUCAGAUAGAGUUGGGGAUGGUAACUUUGUCUGAAACUGAAUCCAGGAAACCCAGUAGUGUCGACCUUGUGUCUACAGUCGGAUCAAUCUUGAGUACUAAUGAAGAAGAUUUGAGAUAUAAAUCAAUAAGAUAUCUGGUUUUUGUAAUUCUGGGUUAUCUUCUAGUGGUUCAUAUAGGGGGAUCUGCAUUGGUUGCACUAUAUGUGAGCCUUGUUACAAGUGCAAGAGAUGUACUCAGGAACAAGGGCCUUCAGAUCCCCACAUUCUCUGUCUUCACUACUGUCUCUACGUUUGCAAGUUGUAGUUUCGUUCCUACAAAUGAGAACAUGAUUGUCUUCAGCAAGAACUCUGGACUCCUCCUACUUCUUAUCCCUCAGGUUCUUCUUGGGAACAAAUUAUACCCGUCUUGCUUGAGAUUUCUGAUAUGGGUUUUGGGGUGGUUUACUAAGAAGCCCGAGUUCAAGUACAUGCUGAUGAAUACAAGAGAGAUGAAAUACUUUCACUUGCUUCCUAGUUUGCAUUCUUGUCUUUUGGUUGUUACUGUUUUCGAGUUCAUACUGGUUCAGUUUACACUCUUUUGCUCUCUGAAAUGGAAUUCACAAGGCUUGGAUGGGAUGAAUCCUUUUCAGAAACUAGUGGCUGCCCUGUUUCAGACUGUGAACUUGAGGCACACUGGCGAAUCAGUCAUCGAUCUCUCAAUCCUCUCGCCCGCCAAACUGGUUGCACUGAACUUUCCCAUGUAG